AACUUUUUCCAAAAUAUUGCAUGAGAUAACCUCCAAAAUAUUAUUAAAAAAUUUAAACAUGCGAAUAAAAUGAUGCGACUGUACAAUGUUCAAAAGUGCUUAAGGCUCGUUAAUAAGCAAAUAUGCAAUACCAUAAUUCCUGUAAGAUUGUAUGGCUCAAAACCAAUUGAUUACACAGAAAUCCCAUUGGAAAGGAUCAGGAAUUUCAGUAUCAUAGCCCAUGUUGAUCAUGGUAAGAGCACCUUGGCUGAUAGACUUCUGGAAUUCACUGGAGCCAUAAAGAAAACAUCUGGGCAAAAUCAAGUUCUGGAUAAAUUGCAAGUUGAGAAGGAAAGAGGGAUUACAGUUAAAGCACAAAGUGCCUCACUUAUCUACAUUUAUCAGGGAGAGCAAUAUUUGUUAAAUUUAAUUGAUACACCAGGACAUGUUGAUUUCUCGAAUGAGGUUUCCAGAUCUCUAUCAGCUUGCCAAGGGGUGAUUCUCUUGGUGGAUGCUAAUGAUGGUGUUCAGGCCCAAACUGUAGCCAACUUCUAUUUGGCUUUUGGGAAUGACCUGCUUAUUAUUCCAGUACUCAAUAAAAUUGAUUUAAAGAAUGCAGAUCCAGAAAGAGUCUGUGGUCAGUUAAAAACGUUAUUUGACAUUGAUCCAAAAGAUGUUCUGAAGAUUUCAGCCAAACAAGGUAUUGGAAUUGAAUGUGUUUUGGACGCUAUAAUUGAGAGAUUGCCGCCUCCAAACGCUGUUAGAGGUGGUAAAUUCCGUGCGUUAGUCUUUGAUAGUUGGUACGAUAAAUAUAGGGGAGCAUUAUCCUUGAUGUACAUUAAAGACGGCGAGGUAAGGAUUGGAGAUAGCGUUGCUUCUUGUCAUACCAAAAAGACAUACGAGGUGCGCGGUUUAUCCGUUUUAAGACCAAACGAGGAGAGCGUGGAUAAAUUGGUUGCUGGUCAAAUUGGAUUGGUGGGAUGCAACAUGCGUAGCAGCCAAGAAUCUUGUAUAGGUGACACCUUGCACAAGACGCAUGAGGAGGUGGAGCCACUGCAAGGAUUUAAACCUGCUCGACCAAUGGUGUUUGCCGGAAUUUACCCGAUGGACCAAUCGCAGCAUGUGCAUUUACGCGGAGCAAUUGAUAAGCUGGUGCUGAACGAUUCCGCGGUUACUGUGAAUAUAGAUUCAAGUCCUGCUUUAGGCCAGGGCUGGCGUUUAGGUUUCCUUGGGCUGCUGCAUUUGGAGGUGUUUUCACAAAGGUUGGUGCAGGAAUACGGGGCGGAUCCCAUUUUAACCGCGCCCUCGGUAACGUAUAAGGUGAUCCUGAAGCCUACCAAGAAGAUCAUCGAGGACAAAAAUGAUACGCUCUUCGUGAACAAUCCGGCCUUGUUUCCGGACCAUCUCCAAAUUAAGGAAUGCCACGAACCGAUGGUUUCCGGUACGAUCAUUACGCCGGACAGUUAUUUGGGAUCGAUCAUAUCGCUUUGCAUGGAGCGUAGGGGAGUUCAGAAAUCCGCAACAAACAUCGACAAUGAGCGAGUCAUGUUGGUGUAUGAUUUGCCUUUGUCGGAGGUGGUCUUGGACUUUCACGACACUCUUAAAACGAUAUCCUCGGGAUACGCUAGCUUCGAUUACGAGGACAUGGGUUACCAAUUUAGUUCUUUAGUUAAGAUGAAUAUCUUGCUGAAUGGUACAGCUGUUGAUGAACUAAGUGUUAUUAUGCAUAGCAGUCGUGUGCAGACAAUGGGAAGGAAACUUGUACUAAAGCUAAGAGAUAUUAUACCUAGGCAAAUGGUGCAAAUCGCCAUCCAAGCGACGGUUAAUGGAAAAGUAAUUGCAAGAGAAACACUUAAAGCUUACAGAAAAGAUGUUACAGCUAAAUUGUAUGGUGGUGAUGUUACAAGGCGUAUGAAACUUUUGGCACAACAGGCGGCUGGUAAAAAGAAGAUGCGCAUGGUGGCGAAUAUUUCAUUGCCACGAGAAACUUUUAUUGAUGUCUUGAAGAAGUAA